UGUUUUGUCGACAUUAUUGUAUACGUUACUUCGGAACGUCCGAGAAGUUAUUAGUAGAAGUUGCUCUUGUGUGGAUACAUUUAGGCCGUAAAUAGUCGUGUUUCCUUUAAUUCAGAUACGCGCGUAUAUUUAUUUUACUUCGCAGGAAACAUAAAAUUACGUCAUGGCAACGUACAAUUAGCGUCUAACGACAGUCCGUUGUUGUAGCAAAGCCUUUCGGGAGCGGUGAGACGCCAUCUAAAGUUGUUGCCAGAGAGCAAAAAUUGUGACAUAAUGGCGCAACUUUUAGCGAUAGACGGCAGCAGAGUGGCGUUCUUUAUGAUUUAAAUCAAUAAGUGUAUUUGUGAUUGUACUAAGUGUUUCAUCGAACUCAGUUUUCUGUGUUGUAUUUUCGGUGAAGUUUUCUCUAAACGGAAAGGCAAUAUUGUAGCAUCUCCAGAAGAGGGUAGUGGGACAUUUCCCAACCGACUCGAUUGGCGUAAACAAAACGAAUAUACCAGUCAUCUUUGUGAACAUUAAAAUGAGUGCCCCUGCUGUGAAACAGUCACUCCCAGCUUCUGGAACUCCAACUAAAGUUGGCCCAGGUGCACCUGCUUCUGGGGCUGCAAAUAACUCUCAGUCAGCAGGUGUACCAAAACUGUCAGCUGUGAGCCCAGCUAAGCCACCAGCAUCAGGAAAUGCUAAUCACAAUGUAUCAAAUAUGCCUCUUAGUUUAGUUCAGGAACACAAAAAUGGAAGCGGUCAGAACCAGACCGUGUCUGGGCCAGCAAGAGGAUCUGACAAGAACAGAGAUCUUGCACCUUCAAGUGCUCUGAAACCUACAUCAAAUGGUGUGGAAGGAUCCCCAACUAAGCCCCAACACGGUUUAACAAAUUCAGGAAAUGAUAAGAAGUCAGAUGAAUCACAAGCAGUUGCAAAUCAUUCAGCUGAUUCAAGUGUCACAUUACCUACAUCCCAGACAACACAACAAUCAGUUCUGCCAACACAGCAGGGAACACAGUUACAGUCUCAGUUGCAGUUACAACAACUGCAGAUGCAGCAGCUGUUACCACAGCAACAGAUGAUGUCACAACAGCAAAUUGUACCCCAACAGCAACAGUCACUGAUGCAACAGCAGAUGUUGCCACAGCAACAACAGCAGCAACAAUCACAGUUUAUGACACAACAUGGGAUGCCAAGACCAUCCCAACAAAUACUACCACAACAGCAAAUGAUCGCACAACAACAUAUGAUUGCACAGCAGAAGCAACAGAUGCUAGGGCAACAGGGAAUCGGUCAACUCGUAAUACCCCAACAACAAAUGCAGACACAACAGAUGAUACAAGCACAGCAACACCUGCAAGCCCAACAGCAUCUACAAGCACAGCAGCAACAGAUGCAAGCACAGCAAUUACAACAGCUGCAGGCUCAACAGCACAUGCAAGCUCAGCAUGUUCCAGGGCAGCAACAGAUACAGAAUCAAGCACACAUGCAAGUGCAGCAACAGCAGCAUCUCCAACCUCCACAUAUUCAGACACAGCAGCAGAUGCAACAUAUGCAAACACAGCAGCAAGCACAACCUCAGUUACAAGUGACACCACAAUCUGUACAGCAGCAGGUUCAGCCAUCUCAGCAACAAAAUUCAACAAUAUCACCUUCAGUGCAACAAGCCCAAGCACAACACGGGAAAGGGCAACAGCCGUUGCAAGAGCAGCAGCCACAACAACAGAACCAAGGAGAGAAACAGCCAUCUACGGUGCAGGAUAACCAGGAAACGCAGACACAACCAAACUCUGGACCGGAGGGCCAAGAAGUGUCUACUGGUUUUACGUUGACGACAGCUGUCACCAGCAGUGUACCAGAAAAUGAAACAGAAGAGCAGAAACAGGGGGAAAAAGAACAAAAUUCCCAAGCAGAAACAAGUGGAAAGGAGCAGACCCCUAAAGAUGAAAAUGUAACGUCUGAGAACACAGAAACACCUUCAAGUACAGCAGGUUCUGAUGCUAAGAAAGAAGAGACAGAGACUACAAAACCAGAUGCAUCAAGUGCUGUUACAGAAGUGGCACAAAUUGCUGAGACAGAAGACAACGUUGUUGGAGGUUCUGGAGCUGAUUCAAAUGCUGAUAUGCCCAGUGCUGGUCCGUCAACCUCUGAUAAUCAGAUAGCAGGGCCCUCUUCAAGAAGUGAUUCAUCAAAAUCUCGGGCUGAUGGUCCAAAAUCUGAAUUUAAAGUUGCGACGCCUCCAAGAAGCAGCAAAAGAAAACGUGAGACAAAGCCCAAUGAGGCAGGUAAAUCUGAUGCAAAAGACACCGGUGAGGAGCGCAAGUCAAAACGUGUUCGUACCAGGACACAACCUUACCAGGCUCCAUUACCAGAACUGCAGUACAUUUCCAAACUAAAGACAUUGAUGAAGUCACCAGAUGACAGACUCAUUGUCUUUUACAAGAAUGAGUUUUUAGCUGUACGAAAUACAGAAGGAGGUUUUUUUGUGUGCCAAACUCUCCAAAACAUUUAUAGAAGCAGUCCUCGUAUUCGUAUACGUUGGUUGUCAGAACAAGAGCCAAAGGAAAAAGACUCCAAUGUGUACAUUCCUGACUUCUAUGAUGCUACAGAUUUUGACUGUAUACUUACUAAUUUGGAUUUGAAGAAAGUGGACAAAAAUAAAUACGAGCUUCCCAAUGGAGAGAGGUCACGUACUGAAAACAUAUUGACACGUGCACUACAAUUUGAGAAGGGAGUGGAGAAGCCUUCUGUGACUGAAGAACAUCCUGAUGGUCUUGAUUUAUCAUUAUAUAAAGAUGAAGCUCAGUUAAAGAAAAAGAGGAAUUCGAAGAAGCGAGUGUCAAAGAAAAGAACUUCUGCUGGGACUGAAGGAGGACCAAGCACAUCAGCUGCUGAUGCUGAGAGUGGUGAACCUCCAGCUAAGACAGCUCGUAAGUCAAAACCCACCAAGAAAACUGGGAAAGCAAAACCUCCUUCAAAGGAAAAACCUAAGGCUAAGGACAAGGAGGGAUCAAAGAAACCAGAGCGUGAUAAUGCACGUGAGAAGCGAAAUAGUGCUAAAAAGAAAACUGAGAAAAGUGAAUCGAGCAACAAAUCUAAAAAGAGCUCAUCUACAGCUACAAAAGUGACUACAGAAAAAAAGAACAUCAAAACUACACCAACUAAAAAAACAGAUUCAGCUGAAACCUCUAUUCCAACAAGGUCUGCAAAAACCAGAAGUGUUAAAGCUGGAGCUGCCCCUUCAAAGACUUCACCCAUUACUAGGACAAAGGAGCGUGAACGCAGGGGGGUUAAUGCUAAGGAGAGAAAGAAACCAGGCAAGAAGGCCUAAGACAGUGAGUGAGUGAUGUAUCGUUAUCAAAUUAACAACUCUUAAGGGUGGAUAUAUGUGGCAGGGAGAAACAUAUCUUUCUGUCUAAGUGUUUUUAUCAGCCCACAACUAUAUGGACCUGUUGAUAGUAACAAGUGAAUAUUUUAUACCUGACAUAAAGUGUUUUAUUGCACCCAACAAAUCUUUUACUUUUUAAUGGAGUCUAUUACUUUUGUUCUAAAUCAGAUAUUAUAAUGAUUUAUGGCUGUUGUAAUGGUUAUUGGCAGAAAGAGAACUGGAUGGACAUGGAACAGGGUACAAGAUGAUUUGGAAGUCUUGUAAAAUGCAAAUUUGAUUGUGGUACUUUGUACCGUUAAGUUGGGAUAGAAUGUGUAUCACAUGAUGUGUUCUGCAUCCCAGAUUAUUGUGAUGUUUCUUAUUGGAUCUGAAAAGUGAAUUGCUGCUGUUGGCAUCUUGUAGAUAAAUAUCUCCAAGGAGAAGGUGGGAUCAUUAAUCAUCUGCACAGUGUUUUAUCUUAUUGCUGUUUCAUGGCAUAUUUGUAGAAAAGAAAAAGAUGAUAUGAAUGGACAGUUGUUGAGAUUUGCUUUAACUCUUCAGUGAAAUUUAUGUUACUAGAGUUUACAUAGAAAUGUCGUUUCUGUAAAACAUUUUUCUAGUGUAGUAGCAGCUGUUUCUAUAUAUUUUUCCCAACUGCUCCAAAAAAUACCUUACCAUUUCCCAAUGACCGCUAAAAUUAAGAAUUUAUUGUGACUGUACUUUCACUGCAUAUAUUUAUUCCACGGUGCAACAACUUGUUGCCACAUGCUAGCUCUGACACAGAGUUGCUCUCUGUUUCCUCAGCCAAUGCUGAGUUUGAAUUGCAUGUUGUUGAAUUUUAAGUGUGUGUGUGUGUGUGUGUGUGUGUGUGUGUGUGUGUGCGCGCGCACGCGCGUGAUUUUUCUGGGAGGGGGGUUGUGUAUUGCGCAUGUGCAUGCGUCCCCCUCCCCUCCCCCCAAUUUGCCCAUACUCCCUCCUUACCCAAAUAUAUAAAUAUAAAUAUAAAUAUAAAUAUAUGUGUGGUUUUGUGUGUGUGUGUGUGUGUGUGUGUGUGUGUGUGUGUGUGUGUGUGUGUGUGUGUGUGUUUUGGACUUUUUAAUUAUAAGCAGCUUAAAAAUUAGUGAAGACAAGAGAGUGACUUGAAACAAAGCAAAAGCAACUUCACUGAUGACGUUGAAAAUAUUUGCAUAUGUGUGUAUACAGAAAUAUAUGUCUGUGUAUGUUUGAGCUCAUGUGUUCUUGCCGUGUGUAGAUCUAUGUGAGGCCCAUUUAAAUGAAAAUAAAGUAUAUAUCAAUUUUAGUGAAGUGUAACAUUGUAAUCAAAACUUGUUUUUAAUAGACCACUUGCUUAGUAGUAAGCAGACUUUGUUGUUUAUUUCUUUCACACUGAAAUUUGUUAAGAACUGAAAGAAAUGUAAAAUGAAAAACAGGAAAGUAUGCCAUUAGCUAGUUAAAUCACCAAGAGUAUUGUCUGUGUUUCUAUGUGGUAGAUUAUAGUUAUUAUUCUAUUAUUACUACAUAAUGAUUUUAUGUUGUGAUUAGUAGUGCACAUUAAUCUGAGUGUAUGAAUGUUAUAAUUGGAAGCUGUAGAGGACGAAUUCCAGAUACAGCAUUUAUGGCAAAAAAAUCUUUGUUCAGUGUUUGCGUGUGUGUUAACUAUUGUGUUACCUGCAAAUUCUGUGGGUAAGAAAGUAGCAUUUCUGCUAAGUAUUUUUGGGGGUAUUUAAGUACAUGCAUGUUUAGUCCAAGCUUCACCAUAAGAAACUGCUUGACAGCAUAAUGGUAUAACUUGUAAUCGUUCUGGCUACUAUUUUAGUCUUUUCAGUUUUUAACAUUUUACAUCUCAGGCUGCCCCAGCAAUUUGCAAUCACGAAUCAGAUUAUCAGCGUGUCUAUAGCAUAAUUUUGGAGAUUUUAGAGUUAUCUCAUGGUUAAUUAUGUAUAUGGAAGCUGUAUGUUUUCAUCAAUAAAUAGUGUAGUUAAUUUUUAAGUUAUUCAUUGUUCAUUUACAUUACACUUCACUUCCUCUUCAUGUCAUUCAUGUACAGCUGUACACUCUUCAGAUUAUGUACAAACAUAAAUCAUGAAAUCUCAGAGUAAAAGUAAAACACAUGUAAACUAUAGUAAAGAUAGAUAAUACGGUAUUAUUUGUAAUUUGUACCAAAUGUUAACUUUUGGAAGUACAUACGUGUGUGUGUGUGUGUGUGUGUGUGUGUGUGUGUCCCCCUUUCAUUCAUGAUUGAAUGUACAGUGUUAGAUCCAGGACAAAACGUAAUGCAAACAGUGAAAACUAUCCAAACUAUAAAUAAAUUUUCUUGUAAAUUUUAUAUUUUGGUAAUCUGGAGGACUACUUGCCUUUCAUUAAUGGCCCCUGUAAUAGAGAGCCAUUCAAAUGAGUCUUUAGACUGUGGACGAGACGACAAUUACAAUGUCGACGUUUACCAACUUCUCAAGCUUUUUCACAUUUUUCUUUCCCCCCCAGUCUUGGUGGACUUGACUAUGGUUUCUAAAAGUUUGAUUCUCCAGCUUCUAUUGCUAUAUGCUUUGCCCUGGCAAAUAUUUUCAACAAUGGUGACCAAUUAUCUGUCUUUAAAGUAGUUUAAUUCAACAUAUUGUCAUAUAUGUAUAUAAUUGUUGUGAUCCAUGUUAUCAGAAGCAGACGUUUGUAAAAAAAAUAAUUGAUUCAUUUAAUGAUAAUGGUGUGUGUUGAGAUCUGUUCAUCUUCACAAAGAGAUAAUUGAUGUAUUAGUUAAAUCUAACAAUUCAUGGGUAUUUAUAUUAGACUUCUGCAACAUAUAGCACAUUGUACUUCAGUAGCUCCACCAGAAAAAAAAAAUAAAUAAAUGGCUAACAGUGACCUGAUGCCUGCAGUCAUUAUGGAUGAUACUGGGCUUCUUUUGUUGUAUUGUGUGUCAUUUGUUGCUUUCUAACUUCAGGUUGGAAAGUGUAACUAUACUUCGAUGUACUUUACUGUCUGUUGUUCUUCCUAUGGUGGUUGUAGUCUGUCAUAUGGGACAGUGGAUUUAUUGGUGUAUGUAGAACAGUGCCAUGGUACACAUUUUACUUUGCUGGGUGUUUGUUUUAAUGAGAUGCGCUUUUGGUGUGCUAACAGUGGCAUACCUUAAUUAACUAAAUGUGUGUAAUUUUAAUGAUAGAGUAAUUCUUCAAUUGCAGACAGAUUUCUUCCCCUUUCCAUCCUGGGGUGGGUGGUCAUGGGUCAAAUGUGGCACAUCCCAAAAUUUGUUUCAUCAUAUAUACAUAAUUAAAGAGAUGCUGUGUGAAUUGGGAGUGAAUAGCUUUCUGCCAGAUAUUCUGUUUUUUUUUUUUUUUUUUUUUUUCCUUUUUUCUUUCCACAUUGACCAUUGGUCUUGAUCUUGAUAGUUGGAGAACUGUGUGUGUGUGUGUGUGUGUGUGUGUGUGUGUGUGUGUGUGUGUGUUUGCUUGCUUGCACAUUAUAUGUAGUAAUUGUACAGUAGAUGGACUGUUAGUUGAUAUGUGACACUUGCAGCCAUAUUGUUCUUAUUUUUAAUUUGUAAAGUCCACAAAUGUGGAAACCCAUGAGGAUCAACAGUGCAACUUUUUAUUGUAUUGUAUUGUAUUGUAUUGUCUUGUCUUUGGGAACACAAUCUCAUUGUACGAAUGCUACAAAGUUCAGUAAACUUGAGCAGCACAAACUGCAAAUGAAGUUAGACUAAUGCCUAUUUAUUUGGUUUAAAAAGAACGCACCAAACCAAUUAGAUGGAAGAGACUUAAAGGUUUGAGCAGUUACUUGGGGCUCAGCAAACAUUCUGCUUUGAAGGAAAUGGUGAGCUGAUCUGAAGCAAAUCGGUUCAGCUGAAUUUUUCAUCUCUAGCACUAUAACUGAUUAAUGGGCAUAUUUGAAGCAUGAUAUCAAUGUCUUGGUGACAUGUAUGAUGUGUAGUGAAAAUCAUGUCUGCUGGAUAUGUUGAAUGGGGCUCGUAAAAGUGGGAAAAGGUAAAGAUGGUGUUCCCUGUUAAAUAAAACUAAAAGGGGAAAAAAUCUUAAAGCUUCACUUAAAACUCCUUGCCUGCAUAUGUUUUUCUUUUGGAUAUUAUUGUCACCAUCUGGAUCUCUGCAGGUGAUAGUGAGCUUUCAUAAACUGUUGUGGUCCUGUACAGUGAACAUUAGAUGUUUCAUAUAACAUAGUGCCCCUGCUUGUUGUAUUGAGCUCAUCAAGACACAUGACAGUGUGUGGAAUUAAUUUUUAAAUUUAAAGCAUUUGUAGAAUUUUCUGCAUAGGAAAGUUGUAUCUUAUCGGUUGACAUUGUGCAUGUGUUUAGUUCACAGUGUAUGUUAUUGAUUUUUAAGAAUUUGUGACUGAAAUAAGCCAACAGCUUUUUCUUCUAUGGUAGUGUAUAACAGCCUUUGUGUGCAAAAUAAAAAAUUAUAUAUAUAUAUAAAUAUAUAUAAAUAUAUAAAUAUGAAUAUAUGUAUGUUAGCAUUGUAGACAGCUGAAAUCGUGUCAUGCUGUUUCGUCGUAUAUUGCUAAUUAUAAUGGCUUCAGUACCAUGUGUAAUUUGAAAAGCUGGAAUCUGUGGAGGAAUAAUAAAAAAAAUUGUGUCUGAAACAUGCAAAUGAGAUGAAUAAAAGUGAAGCACCAAAUAAAUUUCUUCUUCUGCAUCUGAUGUAUGUACAAAUUGUACUGAGGUUUUGCGGAACAGUAUUUGAUCAAUGGCCUUGUCAUGGCGGCUUGCCAUACGAGCUUGAAAGUUACCAGAUUCACGGUGUAGUUUGCAUUUCAAAAAUUAGAUACUUUCUAUUUUUAUAUUCUUACUUCAUCAUAUUAUCUCCUGUCUGUUGCUUCUAGGCACUGGUUUUUUACUGCUGCUCAUGUACCGAGAGUGGUUCUGAGAUAUUAGGUCAAAUUUAUCCUGUGUGAGCAAUGAACACCAUGAUAUUUACUGUCAAGAUAAGAUAUACUGUUCAUAUAUUAUUUGUUUCAGUUGUGGGGCUGGAUUUAUGGAAAUAAUUUCCAUAUUUUUUUGUUUAGACGUUUGUGGAACCAGAUGAAAUGUACACAGAUAUUAAUCUUCAUUGAUAUAACCAAUAUAAUAAUGAGUGCCAGUAGUUAAAUGUGAAAUUAACUUUCUGUAUUUCCUAAAAACAGUAUUUUACUUGUCAGUGGUGGGUGUGGGAGUGGAAAAUUUUUGUUCAUAUUUGAAUUUUUCAUACAGUAUGUGAAGAAGAUAGUUUGUGCCAAGCAAAUAAAAUGUCGUUCCUAGUUGAAAUGAGUGUCAUAACUUAAAUAAUUGUAUUCAGUUGGUAACUGCAGUGGGUAAGACCUUCGGAAUAAUUGAUAUCUAGGAGUGAAAGCAGAUAGAAGAACUGCACAUGGUUUGUAAAAAUGCUACUAGAGAUCAUCAUGAAGUUAUGAAAGUAGAAACUGGAAAAUGAUGUAUCAUGUAUGUGAAGCAUGGGAUUAAUUGAUCAAAUAUUUUAGGGAAAUGCCACAUAUGAGCAAAUGUUAACUUGACCCUUCAACUGUAUUUGCACUACUCACUGACAGGAAAUUCCGAAUGCACAGUCAUACUUUUUUAUUUCAUCUGUAAAUGUGUGCUUAUAUCCAUGAGUUGCUUCAUUUUUAUUCAUCGAGGCUUAGCUCUGUCCAUAAUGUUUUGUUCAUUGCAAGGAAGAAUCUCAGAAUAUGGUCUAGUGCCAAGAUUUGCUAGCACCUUGAUGGUGAUGAUCUUGUAGCUUCAUUUUGGUGCAAUCGGAAAAUGUUAAAUGUUUAUAUGUAUAGUUCUUAAAUAUUGAACUUCCUCCUCUGCUUUCUUUUGUUUUCAUUGUACAGGUUGUUGGCGUGUAUUUAAAAUUUAAAUUGGCUGGAUGAACCAGAUAUAGAAAUUUUUAGUGAAUAGUAUUUCUGACUGAAAAUACAGAGAAUGCAAAAUUAUUUUGGAUAUAAAAUGUAAAUUGCAUGUAUGGAGACUUAUUGGCUUUAUUACUGAAUACAACUUAAUUUUUUUCUUUUUCUUGGACGCUGCCAAGGCAGAAAUUGUUGUUUAGUAUGUCCAUUAUUAUGGUUGGAAAACACGAUACCAAAGCAAAAAUGUCUGUUUAUCUUCAGCGUUAAAACUUGUGGCUUUGUUGUGUCAUUAGGUUUCAUGUAUAAGAUGUUACCAACUUGGUGUAAAGUAUCUGCAGUUAGUGGAAAAACAUUUCAUUGCAUUUUCAUGUUAGGAUAUUGAAUCCUCUCAUUAUAAAAUGGCAUCUGUCAGACUUUCAUUUUUUCCAUUUGGUGUCAGUUUAUGUGAAAUAUAUGUGUGAAACAUAUUAGCUGAGUGUAAGCAUGCAAGGUAAAAAUUCCAAUAUUUAAGCAAAAUGAUACAUGUAUGACUUUUGGAACAAAUUACCUUUUUUUUCAAUAAAAUUAUAAAUGGAAUUGA